UGUUGUUAAACUUCUUCAUCCAGUUAUAUUAGGUCCACGACAAGAAUGUGAGGUGCAAGCACAAGUUCCGAUUUCAACAGCUGAAACAGUUAUACUUCAUCCAAAACAACAACUUCAACAUAAUCCGACAAUUGUGAUGCCACAUGCAUUACUGAAGCUUACAAAUUAUACGACACUGCUGAUAGUGAUGAAUCUAAAUGACCACCCAGAACACAUUCCACGAAAUAACAGAUUAGCUGUUGCUGCUUAUGCACCAUCUAGUGUGCAAUUUUUUGCAUUGAGUUCUUCAUCACCAUCAAAACGACACUCAUGCUUGGAUAUUCAAUACCAUGGUGGCAUAACCCGGCAAUCAGGAACAUCCAUUAGGGUAUGA